AUGAAGCCUCGACACAUUGCGCCGAUCAUUGCUACAAUCACCGGCUACGUGCGGCUGUGUGUUCUCACCUCCUAUCAUUGUGUCUCUUGUCUGGCUAGGCGCAACGGCGACAGCGGCUGCCUGAGACCGACGGUUCCUUGCAAAAUGGGAACCGUGAAGAGCUCGGCACCUCCCUUCUCCAUCCGGCUCCUCGGGCAACACGCCGUCGCGUCCCAAGACAAUUACGACCAGCUCCUGACGCUGUUGCCUGCGUCGUACCGUAAAAAGUCCGGUGACUUGGUCGCUGCCUGUCAUAUCUACGGCUGGCUCUGGGUCGCCAGUAGGACGCUGCCGCCGCGUGCGCUGCACCACCAGCUGCUUCUAGGUCGAGAGAUCUUUGUCAUGGAGCGGAUGGACAUACCUCUCGUCUGGACGACCGGCCGGAUGUUCCUCAAACCGAUCCCACGCUUCCUCCUAGAACCAGCCUUCUGGGUGUGA